AUGCCGAUAGAGGUACAGCGUAAGCUAACGGUGCUGGGGUAUCCAGGCGUCGGCAAGUCAUCGCUCACCACGUGCUUUGUGGAGAACCGCUUCGUGGAGAACUAUGACCCGACCAUUGAGAACACAUUUCACAAGACCAUUCGGGUGCGCAACGCGCACUUUGUUACGGAUAUCGUGGAUACGGCAGGCAUGGAUGAAUACGCAAACUUCUCCCAGGCGGCGUCAGUGGGCGUGCACGGCUACGUGCUCGUGUACUCGAUUGGUUUACGCACGUCGUUUGAGAAGUUGAAGUUGAUCAAUGAGAAGCUAGUUAACAUGCUUGGCUCCAAGCCACCUCGCGUGUUGGUUGGCAGCAUGUCGGAUCUAGAGAAGGCCAGAGAGGUGACUGUAAAAGAAGGUCAAAUGCUGGCGAGCAACUGGGAAUGCCCCUUCGUCGAGUGCUCGGCAAAAGACAACGAAAACAUUAACGAGGUAUUUACUUAUCUAAUCAAGGAGAUUGAGCGCGAUUCCGGUCUGCUGGAGGAGAAUGGAGAAUCCCAAUGCAUAAUUGUGUAA